CUGGACUUAUCUUCCUCUCCUCUGAUCCAUUGAUCCCUUUUCAUCCAUGCAAUGUUUCCCGUGUCUCUGUCCCAAGAGGAUGGUUGCUUAACCUGCCUACUCUCCAAACCAUCCACCCUAUAUAACAGCUGACUUCAGUGGGUAUCACUACAAACCAACUCAGGAAAGAAGGAUGAAGUCUUUUGGUGUCUACGUGCUACUAAGCUUUGCAGCCGCAGUCUGCUGUGUGCCUGUCUCCAAAGUAACAGUGCAAGAUGAAAGCUUUGCAAAGGGUUACCUGAAGAGAUUCUUCAACCUGACGGAGAAAGAGCCGUUAUCUCGGAAAGGAGCCAACCCAAUGAGCAAGAAGCUGAGUGAGAUGCAGAAAUUCUUUGGUCUCCAGAUAACGGGGACUCUGGAUAACGACACCGUGGAGGUGAUGAAGAAGCCCCGCUGUGGAGUCGCAGAUGAAAACAUUGCCCGAUAUUCGACUUUUGGAGACGGCCUCAAAUGGAAAAAAAACACCAUCACAUACAGGUUUGUGAAUUACACCCCAGACAUGUCUCAGGCAGAGGUGGAUGACUCCAUUCGAAGAGCUCUAGAGGUUUGGGCCAAAGUCACUCCUCUGAGGUUCACAAAACUUACCAGUGGCACGGCUGACAUCAUGAUCUCCUUUGCUCGCCGAUCACACGGUGAUAAUUACCCCUUUGACGGGCCUGGCAGUACUCUUGCCCACGCCUUUGCUCCUUCUCCUGACAUCGGAGGAGACGCUCACUUUGACGACGAUGAGACCUUCACAUUUCGUUCAAGCAAAGGCUACGUCCUCUUCCUGGUUGCUGCCCAUGAGUUCGGCCACUCUCUGGGCUUGUCCCACUCUGACAAUCGCGCUGCUCUCAUGUACCCUCUGUACUCUUACAAAGACCCCAACACCUUUGUUCUGCCCCAAGAUGAUGUCAGAGGCAUCCAGUCGCUUUAUGGUUCAAAUCCUUCUGGAGGUACCGCAGCAACUACAACAGGUUCAAAUCCUUCUGGAGGUACCGCAGCAACUACAACAGGUUCAAAUCCUUCUGGAGGUACCGCAGCAACUACAACAGGUUCAAAACCUUCUGGAGAUCCCAGAGCAACUACAACUCAGGCUCCCACCAUCCCUGAUGUCUGCAGCUCACCUGUGGAGUUUGAUGCGGUCACCACCUUGAAAGGAGAAAUGUUUUUCUUCAAGGACAGUUACUUGUGGCACAGCAGCUCCCAGAGCAGCACGCCCCAAAAAAGUCUUAUCUCAAGCUUCUGGCCCAACGCCCCAACAAGCGUUGAUGCUGCUUACGAGAACCCAAGGACUGGCAACGUCUUACUUUUCAAAGGUUCUAACGUAUGGGCCUUCUCUGGAACCCAGCCGGUACCGGGCUACCCAAAGUCCCUCUCUGAAUUCGGUCUGCCAAGUUUUUUGACAAAAGUCGACGCUGCUUUUCAAGAUGCUCGGUCUGGAAAAACCUAUCUGUUCUGGGGGGGCUACUUCUACUUAACUUUUGAUGAAAGCAGAAAGGCUGUGGAAUCAUUUUCCUGGGUGAGACAGACGUUUUCCGGAAUGAGCAACAAGGUGGCAGCAGCCACCGAGAAAGAAGGUUAUGCUCACAUCUACAGUGGCCUCUACAUGUACAUGUAUGACCUGUUGAGCGGGAAGUUGCUACGUGUGCUGAAGAACACCUACCUGCUUGGCUGUAAUUAGCUUAAGGGAUUACUUUAUUUUGGCAUUACGUAGCUUUUCAUCUUAUCUAAGAAUGUAUUUAAUGUAGAGGUGGUGGGAUAAAAUUUAGGCAUACACUCUUCUGAAUUAAAAAAAAAUAACCAAAAAAAAUAAAAAUGUCAUCAUUUAGA